AGUGACAUAACUUCAGCAAACAACUAAAAUGUCAUCCUAUCUGGCUCAGGAGGUUCACCUUGCUAGAAGACACGAGGAGAUACUAUCUCAGAGAUCAGAGCUGCUACAGCAGAUGGAGACUUAUCUAGGAGACAAAAAGACUAAAAAGACAUUGCAAACUGAAGCAGCUGAUGCAGCUCAUAGAAGGAAUGCAGCACUUUUAAAUGCUAUAGAAUCAGCAGAAAAAAAGCUGCAAGAAAGAAUGUGUUUACUUCCACAUCCCGAUACUGUUAAGUUAGAAACUCUCUAUUGGGCAUCAGUAAAAGAAUCUCUUCCCAAGUGGGAGCAGUUUCUUUUGGGAAGAGCAGAAGUUCCUAUUGGUUUUAAGAGAAUGAAAACUACAAAACAGAACAUAAGCUACCCAGAAGAAGAUUUACAAAAAUAAACACUCUACCUUCAUUUUGUUUUGUAAUUUGUAGCUUAAGCAGACAAGAUCAUCCAGAUCAGGCAACAGAAUAUCAUGCUAUUAAAUUGUAAUGUAAAUCCUUUGAAUGAAAAUGAACU